UUUUUAGCCUGCGGUUGCCUAAAAGCCAACAAAAUUGCACAUUUACUGGAAAACCCGUUGCACCACCAACCACCGCUAUCGGGUGGCACAGCGGAACGUCUUGGCGUAGAAUUCGAUUUCUACAACGUGGCCUCCAGCAAGGUACACCCCAGUCCGGGGGCAGCGCGCAGUGUUUGGGCGCUGCCCCUGACGGCCUCCUCGUCAUGCAACAUGGAGGAGGAUGGUCACGCCCAUGCGGACAUUGACAUUGACAUCGAUCAUCGUCCGCACUCGCCGCCGGGCACCAACGGGCCAGCCAAUAAUGGAGAGGGCAGCGAGCACGACAGCAACAUGCUAUUAUUUGAGGGUUUGGACGGCGCCACCGUAAAUCUGGAUGAUAUUUUCGAUAUUAUCAAGAGCGGCGAAGUUAGCGAAGUGGAGAAUCUGGUCGAGAAGUUUGGCAUGGAAUGCCUUUCGGCCAGAGAUCGGCACGGCUAUACGCCCGCUCACUGGAUUGCGCUCAAUGGCAAUGUGCAGCUUAUGCGUUAUUUAAUUGAACGGACCGCGCCCAUUGAUUUACCCUGCUUGGGCACACAGGGACCUCGACCCAUACACUGGGCCUGCCGCAAGGGGCAUGCUUCUGUGGUGCAGGUGCUGCUGCAGGCGGGCGUGGCUGUCAACGCGGCAGAUUUCAAGGGACUCACGCCUCUGCACCUGGCCUGCAUGUACGGACGCACUGCGACGGCUGCCUAUCUGCUGGGCAUGGGUGCAUUGAAUAAUCUGACGGACAUCAAUGGCGACACGGCGCUGCACUGGGCGGCAUAUAAGGGACAUGGUGAUCUGAUGCGUCUGCUCAUGUAUUCCGGCGUGGAGCUGCAAAAGACGGAUAACUUUGGCUCGACACCGCUGCAUCUGGCCUGUCUCUCCGGUAACAUCAAUUGCGUGCGGCUACUGUGCGAGAAGUCACAGCUGGAGCUGGAGCCGCGGGAUAAAAACGGCAAGACGCCCAUUAUGCUGGCACAGGCGCAUCAGCAUCAGGAUGUGGUGCGUUUGCUCUAUGGCGAGGUGAAGAAAAAGUCACGCUGGAUACCAUCCGUAUCGGAGAGCUGGGGCUGGCUGUUUGGCGGCGCCGGCGACUCCAAGGGACCGCUAUUUCUCUUCCUCUUCUCGGUGCUGCUAUGGGGCUAUCCCAUGUACAUGAUACGCGCCAUACCCAUCACGUGGAACAUACUGAGGCGUUCGCAUUAUUGUUUCAUCUACUGGAACGUGGUCAUGUGGGUCAGCUGGGCCAUUGCGAAUCGUCGUGAUCCCGGCUACAUACCGCUCAGCUCGGAUGCCUACUAUCGCGCCAUCAAGCAGAUACCCUACUUUGACAAACUGAAGAAACGCAAUGUGAUGCUCACCCGGCUGUGCCACAGCUGCCGCUGCCUGCGCCCGCUGCGCGCCAAGCACUGCCGUGUGUGCAAUCGUUGCGUCUCCUACUUCGAUCACCAUUGCCCCUUCAUCUACAAUUGCGUUGGCCUGCGCAAUCGCAUGUGGUUCUUCCUGUUCGUGCUUUCGGUGGCCGUCAAUUGCUCAUUUACCAUUUAUUUUGCCUGCUACUGUGUCAUGAUCGAGGGCUUCACGCUGCUCUAUGUGCUCGGGCUGAUCGAGGCGGUCGUAUUCUGCGGUCUGGGCUGGAUACUCACCUGCACUUCGAUCCUGCAUGCCUGCAUGAAUCUCACCACGAACGAGAUGUUCAACUACAAGCGUUAUCCAUAUUUGCGGGAUAAGCGCGGACGCUAUCAGAAUCCAUUCUCGCGCGGGCCGAUUUUGAAUCUGCUGGAGUUCUUUGUUUGCCUGCCGGAUCGAAGCGAUGACAACGAUCUGCUCUUAGAGGAUAACAUUUGAUUAAGAAGCUAGGAGCGCGCUCAUGCUCGCCGGCGCAAGGUGCCCGUGCGUGGAUAAUAGCGACAGUCACCGCUUCAAGGAGGCGGCUGUGCUUUGAUUUUGCUCCAGGCUUUGUGCUUUAACUCGGCUUAGGCUCCAUGGCGAAAGGUUUUUAUCAAUUGGUAAGCGGAAUUGAAGUUGUCCUUGUUUUGGAAAGGUUAAAGAUAGGUUAAGCUUCAAGAAAUUAUUGUAAUUUUAAAAACUUUACCGUGCAGGAAUUAGAACUUGAUAAAGUUCCAUUAUCUUAUAGAUCUCUCUAUAACACUUGAAAUUAUGCUCUGCAAG